AUGGGUGCCCCGAUGGCCGUUAACCUUGCGAAGAGGAACCCGGUGCUCGGCUUCGACAGCAACGAAAGUACCAGGAGGCGAAUGCAGGCAGAGAUGCAGGUCGUCGAGCACCUCACCGAUGUGCUCAGUGCGCAGAUCAUUCUCACGAUGCUUCCGAACACUGAUAGCUGUUUGAGCGCUUAUCUGGGUGACAAGGGGCUUUUGAGCGAAGCAAAGAAGGACCAGUUGUUCAUCGACUGCAGCACCAUCGAUCCGACGGCUUCGAGGAGAAUAUCCUCCGAAUGUGAGAAAUGCAACGUGAAGUUCAUCGACGCUCCAGUGUCUGGCGGCACACCUGGAGCCAAGGCCGCCACGCUGACAUUCAUGGCAGGCGGCUCAAUCGAAGCGCUGCAACAAGCCGAGGCGAUUCUCCUGCAGAUGGGUCGCAGAGUUUUCCACGUGGGGCCGGUGGGUUCUGGCGGGGCUGCGAAACUUUGCAACAAUCUCAUGGCAUCUAUUAACCUCGUCGGAACGUCAGAGGUCAUGGGCCUUGGCAUGAGGCUCGGUUUGAAACCGGAGGUGCUCCUCAGAGUCUUGAAUCUCAGCUCCGGAAUGAACUGGGCGACCGAAUCGUACUGUCCCAUCGAGGGAAUAGUCGAUGGACUACCUUCGUCGGAUAAUUUCGAAGAUGGUUUCGCUUGCGAGCUGAUGCUGAAGGACAUCAAUUUGGCCCAAAAGGUGGCGCAUGAAGCGAAUGCUCCUCUUAUGCUCGGAAGUAUCACCCAGAGCCUCUAUCGAUUGCUCUGCGAGCGAGGCUACUCGAGAAAGGACUCGGCUAUUGUGAGCGCUUUUUUCACGAGCGGAAAGUUCACAUCCCUUGGAGGCCCGAACAGCAGCGCCGGUAAAUAG